GCUGGAUAAUUUUUUAAAUGGCAUCAAGCUGGGAAUUUUAAUGCAUAAAAGUUAAUUUGUUAUUCGAAGGAGAACUGAGGAACUAAUAAUUGUUUCAACAGGGAGAUCACAGCUGGGCAUUGGGGCAUCACCCCUUCAAUGUGGUUAGCAUGGGAGUCUGAAGAACUGUUGUGAUUGGUGACAGAUUGGGCAGCAAGCAUGGAUGCUGGGGUCAGGCUUUAAUCCUACUACUUAGAGGCAGAAGACUUUGGGUUGCCUGACCUGGGAACUAACUUUUGGGGUAGACAGUUGAGCAGGAGGCAAUGGGGUGGCUGAGUUCAACACCAAGUCCUCUCUUCCUCCCUCCUCUUCUCCUACUUCAAUCCCUGGGAUCCUGCAUGUUACUCCACACCAUUUCUGGCUGUUUUUCUGGCUUAUUUUGUUGACAGCCAUGGAGAUCUCACCUCUUACUUGAUGGAGAAAACUUCCUGGCUUGCAUCUAUCCCUGCUGGGGCAACAGCCUCAGGUAAAAUCGGAUCUUAGGUUCAGUACUGACUCCCUCAUUCACUGGCUGUGAUAGCUUGAGUGAGACAAUCCCUCUCUGUGCCUUAACUCAAGUGUAAAAUAGUUUAUGCCACCUGCACCCAGCUUUCUCAUGGGACUCUUGGAAUGAUGACAGCAAUGAGUUGAAAAUGCUCUCAGCAACCCACAAGGUGGCAUAGAGGGGAAAGCUGAUCAGCAGUGGGCCUUGUAAGAACAUAUGGGGAGAGGACACAGGAGCCACAUGAACUCUGGACUAUACCUGGGGAGGGGAUAGGGAAGGUCCCAGGACAGCUUUGGUGAAUCCACUGUCCUGCCCUUCCCUUAGGUUUCUUUCCAUCAUAGGGGGUGCAAAUAUUUGGAACUUGGGAUCCAGCCCAGGGCCCCCAUCACCUGGGAAUACCUUCCAGCUACACACCUGGGUCCCAAUCUCUCAUCUGCUUAAAAUCUAGAAUAUGUCCCUCAACUUUUCUGAGCCUCAAUUCUUCAUCUGUAGAAUGUGCCCACACUACCUCCUCUCUAGGACAGUUGACAUGCACCCAAAGUGUCCAGAGUGAGGGGUGGGAUGAUGAGGGAGCUGUCCCUUCAACAAUGCCAUGGGCCUCCACUGGUCUACUCCUUUUGCCCACCCCUCCAAAAUUCAAAGCAUUCCCGACCACCCAUGAAACACCCUUGUGUUGGCUGCAAUCAGCCUGUGUUCUGAAAUCUUGUCUCCUCCACUGUCUUCCUGGUUCUAGAAUCCCACUGCCAAUCUAGACUGGGCACUCUAGAACCACAGGGCUCUGCCACUUUUCCUAGGCAGUGCCUGCUUGCUCACAUCUGACGUGUGUCUAUACUCUGGGUGCAAUGCGGUGGCAGGACCGCUUGGCUGUGCUCUUCUUCCCUCAGGGCAUGAUGCUCACCAUGGCUGCGCUGAUGCUCUUCUUCAUACACCUGGGUGUCUUUACCAGCGACGUGCACAACUUGUGUGUCACCCACCACUAUGAGCAUAUGAGCUUCCACUACACAGUCGUCCUGACGUUCUCCCAGGUGAUCAGCAUCUGCUGGGCUGCCAUGGGGUCACUCUACUCGGAGAUGAUGGAAAACAGUUUACUUCAGAGCUUUUCCCUGAUCAUCCUAAUGCUCAAUGGAGUCAUGUUCUUCAACCGCAUGUCUCUGGAGUUUCUGGCCAUCCACUACCGGCAGGAGAACCACUGAGGCCUGGGGCCUGAGGACAGGGCCGAGGAGGGAGAAGGAAAAGUCUGCUUCGGGUGUUUUAGUAAAGUCUAUCGUUUAUUUCCA